AUGAAGUACUCCGCUGCAUCUAUGCUGAUCAUCACCACUGCUUGGACGGUCCAAGCUAUUCCAACCGCAGUCCCGUCUAUGGGAGGCCGAGCUAGAGGUUUGCCGUACAAUGCUGUCCGUAGCAUUCAUAGUCAGCGUAGACGACAGGAGUCUACGGCUGCAGGUGGCACAGCUAUUCCUGAUGUCACGAGCGUUCUGGAUAUUCCCACGUCGGACCCGGUGCUUCCUCCCACCAGCGUUGGAAUAGUUACUUCUGACCCAGCCGUGAUCACAUCUGUUGGAAUCUUCCCGAGACAGGACCUGCCACCUACCACCACAGAUGUGGUCACCUCUGAACCCACGGCAAUUGCUUCUGAUGCGGACACUCCGACUUCAGAACCGCUACCUCCUACCACCACAGACGUGAUCACUUCCGAGCCGACUGCAAUCACUUCCGAUGCGGGUGUCCCAACUUCAGAACCACUGCCUCCCACCACCACGGAUGUGAUCACCUCUGAGCCUGUCACAGUCCCUCAGACCUUCCGCGUCAAAGUCCGACAGGGAACCGUGACGGUUAUCCCAAGUCAAGUCGCGACCCCUAUCGAAACUGUCCCAGAGGUGGACUCUCCUACGGCGAAUCCCGAAACUCCUAUCGAGACCUUCCCCGUGGUGGACUCUCCUACUGCGAACCCUGAGACUCCUAUUGAGACCUUCCCAGUAGUGGACUCUCCUACGGCGAACCCGGCAACUCCUGUUGAGACCUUCAUCGCGAGAUCACCUUAUACCAACACUGCGACUCCUCCCACCACUACUGGAUAA